AUGCAUCAUUUGCCACACACAAACACAAAGCUUCCUGGUUAUGGCAACCACCAUCCCUACUGGCUCAUCCCUUUCUCCUCAAAGGUGGAGCAACAGGUAUUGGAGAGAGCAUCGCCCGUUUUUUCCACAAACACGGUGCAAAAGUUAAUUUGUAUAGUUGGUUUGCAGGAUAAACUUGGAAAAAAUGUCUGUGAGGCCCUUGGUGGUGAGCCAAACACUUAUUAUUUCCACUGUGAUGUCUCCAUUGAAGAUGAUGUCCGUCGCGCUGUUGACUUCACUGUCGAUAAAUUUGGGACACUGGAUAUUAUGGUUAACAAUGCUGGGCUGGGAGGUUCACCCUAUCCAGAUAUCCGUAAUGCAGACUUAUCAGACUUUGAAAAGGUUUUCGAAGUAAACGUGAAGGGUGUGUUUCUUGGAAUGAAGCAUGCAGCUCGAGUUAUGAUCCCUCUAAAGAAGGGUUCGAUUGUUUCUCUUUGUAGUGUUGCCGGUGUCAUGGGGGGCAUUGGAACGCAUGCUUACACAGGGUCAAAGCAUGCUGUGUUAGGCUUGACAAGAAAUGUUGCAGCUGAACUAGGAAAAUAUGGGAUCCGUACGUGUAAACUGUGUUUCUCCUUAAGCAGUUCCAACAAGCAUGCCUAUGGCUCUAUGCAUGAAGAUGGGAAGACUGAGGAUGCCUAUGUGGGUUUUCGUUCUUUUUUUGGGAGGAAUUCUAACUUGCAAGGUGUGGAAUUGUCAGUAGAUUAUGUGUCUAAUGCUGUUCUCUUCCUAGCAAGUGAUGAAGCUGAGUAUGUUAGUGCGGAUAAUCUGAUG